GUUGACACGUGACGCAAUGUAACGACAAAUACUCAAAAUGGCUGACUGAUAACUUCUGUGAACAGCGAAACCGCAUUUGAGCAGGUUUAUUCACAUUUAUUUAAAGAACAGUCUGGGUUUUUUUUUUUAACUGGUGUGGUCCAUUUUAUUCUGUGAUUUGAGUGCAGUUUAAGAAACCGGACGCAGGAAAUUGUUAAUAGUAAUGAGAAUUAUUGAUUGUUUUGAUUAGACAAUACCCACCAGUUGUUCAGUUCCAUUAUGGCUUUCCAAUACUGCCCACAAUGCGGCUCAAAACUGCAACCUGGCUUCAAGUUUUGUCCUUCCUGUGGCGAGAAGAUUCCCAACCUGGUAGAUUUUCCUGAAACAGAGCUGUCUGGAAUAUCUAAUGCAGUGCGGAAACUCAGCACUCAGGUGGAGUUGAAGACUCAAGACAUUACCCUGACAGAUUCUUCCAGUGAUCCAUCCUCCUCCUCCUCCUCCCCUUCCUCGGCACUGAUUAGUUUUCCGAACAGGUCCAAACGCAGAUCAGCCGUCAGUAAAACCUACAGUCCGUCCACACCACCUAAACCUGCAGCAAACAAGACUGAAAAAUCUGAAUGUUCUCACACACAGCUUAUAAACUCCCCUAGGAUUAUAGAGCAGAAUCCUGUCCCGUCGCCUCGGAAACGAAAAGCAGCCCUGGACGGUGAAGUGGAGGAAGAGCAAAAGAAAAUAUUAUCUCCACCUCCUAAGACUCCACCCUCAGGUAAAGGAAAGCGGUCGAAGCGACUGUGUGCUCUGGAGCCCCUGCCAGAAGGAAUGGAGUUUUGUGACCAGUCAGGAAAGAAAUGGACACUCAGGAAGCUGUUAAGUCAAUCAGACAUGGAGCUGACAUACGAAGUGCAACAGGGUGGAGUACGGAGCUCAUCUAAUGACUCAAAACACAUAGUGAGGCUGGGUGCCAAAGAUGGACAGCUGUAUAAGGAACAAAAUUUUCUUCAAAGAGCUGCGAAACCUGCUGCAGUGGAGAAAUGGAUGAAGAAACUGGGUUUGGAUUUCCUUGGAAUUGCUACAAGUGUUGGUUUUGGUGUUCAUGAAGCAUACAGGUUUUUGAUAUUUCCUGAUAUGGGCUGCACUCUGCAGUCAGUUCUGCACACACAGAGUCCUAGUGAGAGAGAAGUCCUGCAGCUGGCACUGCGAUUAAUAGAUGCUCUGGAGUUUAUCCAUGAAAACGAGUACGUUCACGCAGACAUCCAUGCAGGAAACAUCUACAUCAGCACACGGGGACACACUCGGGUGUUCCUGUCGGGUUUUUGUCACGCAUUCCGCUUCUGUCCCGGAGGAAAACAUGUAGAAUAUCGGGAAGGCAGCCAGAUGCCUCAUCAGGGAAACAUCAACUUCAUCAGCGUAGAUUCGCACAAAGGGGCCGCCCCAUCUCGGCGCAGUGAUCUGCAGUCUCUGGGUUUUUGUUUGCUCUUCUGGUUGACUGGCGAUCUGCCCUGGAGCCUAAACACUCAGUCAGGGUCUACAGUUUCUGCUAUGAAGGAGAGGUACAUGGCUGAUAUUCCUGCAUUAAUGAAAUACUGUUUUAAAAAGAAAAAAGCUUCAGGUGCGUUACAGAGCUACCUGUCUCAGGUGAUAAGUCUGCACUACACAGAGAAGCCAAAUUACUCUGUGCUAAAACAGGAGCUGGAUGAGGCUUUACAGAAGCUGGGAGGAACAUUAGGAGAAGCGCUGAAUCUCCGCUAAAAUGAUUUCUACACACUGAUGUCUAAACACGGAUCACCAUAUCAAAACUUUCUGUACAAAUAAAUACGAGUGAUUUAUUUUUUAUUUUAGGUAAAGGCAGAGUGGCACGUGAUGCCUCUCAUACCAGAUUGGAUUUUACAAAUAAAUAAUUAGAUUUUAGACAGAAUUGUAUUAUUAAUAUUUCUACAAUGUUUUAAGGGUGUGUUUUAACGUUUUACAUCACAGGGCCAUAAUCGACUUGCAACUUAUUCGUUUUAAAGUUAAAACCAUUGAGAUUUGACUUUUUGUUCACUUUUAGUUUUUAGCACUGUCACAGUUGUUGAAAUUUCCUUUUUAAUAAGUUAUUAAUGAUUUGUGUGUGAAUUUUGACAAUAAAAUCGUUUUUUAAAAGUUA